AAAUAUUGUAUAUAAUCCCUAGGGAUUUAACACUAAGUUCAUGAAGUCUCAUCCUAGCCUUAUAAGGGAAUUUGUUGAGCUAAGCCAUUGUCCCUCACAGACACUCACUGUGUAGGGUUUCACUAAUUGCCCUAAAGGUAUGGUCCAUGGAACUCCCUAUACUCACUAAAUUGUUCCCAUACAGUAAAGUUAAGGUGGACACACCAACCUACACUGACCUCGUUUCUGUCCAAUACCAAGAAAGAGUCAUGUAUAUAAGACUCUCCCACAGCUCCGCUGUGCUCAUUGAUGGUUCAAAGCAACAGUCAAGCAAAGAAAGGGAACAACAUCAUUGGGGCAGCUAAGGUGGGUGCCAUGUAAGGAAACAUUAACAAUUACAGAGAUGUCAGGUUCUUUUGACACAUCAUUAUUUUUUGCUAUUACAGAUAUGUCCAUACCAAAGAAGAAAAAAAUGAGCAUUCUUAGUUUUCUCUUCUUGGGUUCCAUGGUCUCCAAAAGCAGUCAGUUAACGUGCCAAACUGACUUUCGACGUCCAGAUUACACUGACAUUUCAGUUCAAUGUGGCACGUCCUCGAUUAGCCUGGCUAUCCAAAUCUGUCCUGUCAUCUACACUGGCUACAACGAAUCUCUGCUCAUCCUCAACCACAUUUAUGAUGAUCCAAUUUGUAGGGGAACCUUGGAUGAAUCUGCCAACCCUCCUGUUGUUAGAUUCUCCUUUCCCCUCAAUAUGACUAAUGCUUGCGGCAGCACCUUCCUGACGACCAGUGCAGCUGGCACAGGGAUCUUUGCUGACUUCUCCAACAUCCAGACAGUUAAUGUCAGUGGUGUGGUGACCUCCCAUGAUCCAACCACGGGGGUAGUCACCUAUAACGCUGAGCUGAAAUAUUAUUAUUCCUGUGCUUACCCACUGGAGUAUCUGAUCAACAACACCCAGGUGGAAGUAUCAGCGUCAUCUAUUGCAGUGAGAGACAACAAUGGAAGCUUCAUCAGUACUUUGAGCAUGGAUCUCUUCAGUGAUGCUAACUACACCACUCCUCUGAUCAUACCCCCGAUGGGCUUAGAGCUGAGGACCAACAUCUAUGUCCAGGUCCAGGCAGUCAACCUGACUGAUCAGUACCAUGUCCUCAUGGAUCGAUGCUAUGCCUCCAUCUCUCCUUAUCCCAGCAACUCCACUUUCUUUAACCUGUUUGUCUCGUGCUCUAAGGACCAAUUGACCAUUAUGCAUGAGAACGGGGACAGCCAUCACGCUCGCUUCUCCUUCCAGGCCUUCAGGUUUCUCGAACAGCAGAACCAGACAGUGUCCACCUACUACCUGCACUGCAUCACCAGACUCUGUGAGAUCAGCACCUGCAAUGAGUUUAAGCAAUGUAACAAUAGGAGGAAAAGGGAUGUUGGUUCCACCAGUGUUUCAGAUGCCACCACCUUGUCCUCAGCAGUCCCCAUUGUUACCAGAAAUGAGAAUUCACUGGCAUCCAAGGAGGAAGCUGUGCUCAGCAGCAACUCGGACUCCAGCUCCACGAUGGGUCUCGGCUUAGCUGUGGGAGUCCUCACUGUGGCCGUCAUUGUAGUUCUAGCUGCAGCAGCUGUCCUCUUCAGAAGGCUCAGACACUUUUGAAGUGGAACAAAUACUCUGCAUGUCUAUGAAUUGGUGUAUGGCAGCCUUUACCAACAGAUCUGUGAUGCAAAACCAAGCUUCAUAUAAUAUCAUUCUUGUGUUUUUUUCUGAUGUAGAAUGUAGAUGGUUGA